AUGCUGACCAUGUCGACCCUGAUGAUGCCUACAACAAUGACCACCAUGACGAAUCCGGGUCCGAUACCUGCACACAGCGUGCCGCAAAAGAUGGAACCACCUAAGUUGACCGCAGCUACGCUCACCCAUACGCCAACACCGGCCAAUAAAUCAGAACAUUAUCACAUAUUUGUUGGAGACCUGAGUCCGGAAAUCGAGACACAUACCUUAAGGGAAGCUUUCUCAGCCUUCGGAGAGAUCUCAUGCACCACUUCUGCGUUCACGAAACUUCACGAAUAUUGCUUGAUAGGAGAAAAAAGGGGAACCGCCGUGAGAGGUAUCGAAAUUUCAGAUUCCAAUCUAAACUCGGCCUUCGAGCGACAACCAUGUUCAGUAGCGAAACAGCUGGAGGAAGCAGAAAGUGCGAUUGGCAACAUGAACGGCCAAUGGCUAGGUGGCAGAAGUAUUCGGACAAACUGGGCCACUCGCAAACCUCCCGCACCUAAAUCUGAAGCGAAUGCAAAGCCGUUGACGUUCGAUGAAGUUUACAAUCAAAGUAGUCCGACCAACUGCACGGUAUACUGCGGCGGUUUGACCAAUGGUUUAACAGAAGAACUCAUGCAGAAAACUUUCUCACCCUUCGGAUCCAUCCAAGAAAUUCGAGUAUUUAAGGACAAAGGUUAUGCUUUUAUCAGGUUUUCUACCAAGGAGUCGGCUACGCACGCCAUCGUAGCGGUACACAACACAGACAUCAACGGCCAAACGGUGAAGUGCAGUUGGGGCAAGGAGAGUGGAGAUCCUAAUAAUGCUCAACAAACUGGACAGGCGUUAUCGUCGGCGACGUACCCAUACUACGCGGCGGAACACAAAUGCAAGCUGGUGGCUUUCUUCAAGGCAUGCAGGGAUAUACCUAUGGACAGUUCGCCGGAUAUCAACAGGCGCAAUAUAUGGGGGACGUAUCACGACGGUGAGAUACCGAGCAAAUAA